AAGAAAAUCUCUAGGGAAUUUUGUUGUCUCGGUUGUUCGUUGGUAGUAUUGGUAUAUGCGUGCUGCAAGUAAUGAACUCACUUCGGACUUUAAAGUGUAUAAAACUAUAUUCUUUGAUAAAACCAUGAUAAGACCGUGUUUUCGAUAGUUUCGCUGAAAAGUAUCGUGGUAUUAAAAUUAGGUGAAAACUAUAAUAGGUCCUCGCAUUCCUAAGAUGUACUAAGAUGGCUGUGUGUGUCGCAGUGAUCGGGAAAGACAAUUCUCCGAAGUAUAUUCGCUGCUCUGAUGAAACAGCGGCUUUACAAUUCCACUACAAAGUGCACACAUCAAUUGAUAUUAUAGAAGAAAAAUUGAACACUGGAAAUAAGAUGGCAGCUGAUGUUAGGGAGCUCUUUUUAGGAUUGUUAUUUUCAACCGAGGAGCACAAAAUAUUUGGUUAUGCUACAAAUACCAAAAUCAAAUUCAUCGUUGUACUGCAAUCUACAAAUGCAUCUCUAAGAGACAAUGAAGUACGAAUGAUCUUUAGAAAAUUACACUCUGCCUACGCUAACGCAGUGUGUAAUCCAUUCUAUGUACCAGGGGAUCAAAUCCAAUCCAAAGCGUUUGACACAGCUGUAAUGGAAAUUAUGGGUGCUGCUUAAUCAAGCUGUACAAAGUAUGGACUAUUAUAAACUAUAAGUUAAUUCAUGUAAUUAUAAAAUAAAUAUUUCAACUAAGUGAAAUG